CGUGUACGAACACCGAUCGGUCCUGAGCCCAAACCCCCUGGAGCUCAGCAGCCGCCAGCAGGCCCUGGAGCUCAUGAAGCAGAACCUCGACGUCUAUGAACAGCAAGUGAUGGCUGCAGCCCAGAAGGCAAGAGCAGCUUUCUGGUCCUGAGCCGGGCUCAGGGCUCGCAGAGCCAGCAGCUCUGAGUGAGGAAAAAAAACCCCAGGCUCCCAAGAUCCUCCUGAGAAAUCGGGUCAGCUUGCAGAUGGCUGGCUGACAUCUUGCUACUCAAAAGUUAGUCGGUGGACCAGCCAUACGUGGCAGCUGGUUAAAUCAGGCCCCGCCCCUGGCCCCCAGAGCCGGAACUGGCAUGUGAAGCAAGGUGUCCCCGCGGAGUGUUUGGUCCAUGUUGGAGAAGCAGUCAGUGCCUAGUUCACUGAUUCAUGUGCCUUUUCCUGGGUAUCAACAGCAAAUUAUAAACAAGAGCUGAGGUGCGGGGCUGGGGCUGUAGCCAACUGAUCCAGAAUGGAUGCAGUGGGUAUUUUCAAAGCCCAUCCCUGGGGGGGUUGUGUGUGGGGGGUUCCGAUAUUCAGAAAGACAAACAAACAACCUUGAAAGCCCUUGAGCACAGGGAACUCCAUGUACUGAAAAGGCAUUCAAAGCUUAUGGGAACUUGAGAGAGCCCACAAAACAAAGGCUGUCUGUCUGCACAUGUCUGUCUGCACUUCAUCCAGAUGGGGAGCCCUUAGUCCAGACAGAAUAGGACCCCAGGCCCACACCUUCCUAAGAGCUUCCUGCUCGACUGUCUUUCCUCUUCUGCCAGCCAGGAAGGGUGGGGUGGAGUAUAGGCUCCCCUGGGACAGGGCAGGAAGUGCUGCUCUCAUAAGAAGCUGUGGGGUUGGGAAGCCUGGGACCAGGGGAGUCUGGGCUUCCUCCCUGUGGGCGGGGCCCCACUAAGCCUGCUGCUUGCAGAAGGCCUACUGGGCUGAAUGGCCAGCGAGCCAAACUUCUCAGCUGCUGGCAUAGACCUGGCCAUGCCAGUCGGUCCCAUUACCCCCACCCCCUCAACGCAUGACCUGAAACCACACAGCUACCUCGUCUUGGUGCGUUUUUAAAAUCCUGAGUUAGUCAUUGUGUAUGGUCCAGCACUCCUGAUGGAUGGCGCUCCUCUCUUGGAACACCUUCAGUUUUCCCAGGUCCACGUGUUUCAUUGUGUAACUGUGGGAAGGUUUCUUCUCUUUUCUUUUCUUUUCUUUUCUUUUCUUUUCUUUUCUUUUCUUUUCUUUUCAUAGUUCUGACCUUGAGCUCAGAAAAGUAGCUGAGUUCCCUCUUUUGGGCACCGGGUGAAAGCGUCGUUGCCCCCCUCUCCCCCCCCCCCAAAAAAAAGCCUCAGCUUCCAGGCCUCUUCAGGCUCUCCAGGCUUCCUGCUUAGAACUGUGGUCCACAAUUCCGAUGCUGUGUGACCAGGGUGGGGGGCAAGCUUCUCUCAGCUUCUCUUAUUUCAGAUGUCCUUCCCAGGACACUUCUGACAGUGACAUCACACCACAUUUCCAAGGCACUUAUGACUCCUGUUCCUUUACACACAGAGCCACGUGCUGUCCUUCUGCACUUGGGCAGUCAGUCAGCAGACAACCUGCGCAAGCCUUCUCACCUGAGCCUGAUGGGCUAUUCAGGGAUCUUCGCUGGCAGCAUUCAUACAUUUGAUACUUGUCCCAUUUAUGUCCCUGCUGAAGUCUGCGUAAAAUAAAUCCCAGCUGCACCUUCGGGUCCCCUACCAGCACUGACCCAGACAAGGGCAGGUCCUGUGGUGCCGGUGUCAGUGGCACAGUGCCACCUCAGAACCCUCAGCGUCACCUCUUCUGGCUUCUCCAUCUGUCCACCGUGACUCACCGAGUCCCCUGCUUAGAGCUUGCAUAGACGCUUCCGUGAGUCAUGCCAGCUGCUCACAGGGGUGCUUCUGUGCUGUCAGGUGCCUCAGCACCUCGGCUGUGUCUGUGGGCACAGGGUCUCAUAUCAGACUCACCUAGGGCAGGAGCUCUUCACACACCAAAUGAGGGUGCGCACAUUAUAGUGUUCCCAGAAGACGGUAUCCACGGAUUCAACUUCACAAGAACAUCCAUUUACCCAUUCUUGGACUUGAUGCCAUCUCCCAGGCUGGUCAGUUGGAACCCGUGUCUGGAGCCCUUUCGCUUCAAUGACACGGAGGUCCUCCAGCGCCUGAGUUGCAUGGCCAUCAAGGGAAAGAUGUUCUUGGUGGCCAAUCUUGGGACAAAACAGCCUUGCCUCGGCAGCGACCCUGGGUGCCCGCAGGACGGGAGAUACCAGUUUAACACAAACGUCGCGUUCAGUGACAACGGAACCCUCGUCGGCCGCUACCGUAAGCACAACCUGUACUUUGAGGAAGCCUUCGAUAGCCCUGCUGACGUGGACCUCACCACCUUUGAUACGCCGUUCGCGGGCAAGUUCGGUAUGUUCACUUGCUUUGAUAUCCUGUUCUUUGACCCCGCGGUCCGGCUCCUCAGAGACUUUGAGGUAAAGCACAUUGCGUACCCUACGGCCUGGAUGAACCAGCUGCCGCUCUUGGCAGCCAUUGAAAUCCAGAAAGCAUUCGCCACCGCCUUCGGCGUCACCGUUCUGGCAGCUAACAUCCACCACCCGACUCUGGGGAUGACGGGCAGUGGCAUACACACCCCUCUGAAGUCCUUUUGGUACCAUAACAUGGACGACCCCGAAGGUCACCUUAUAAUUGCCCGGGUAGCCACAAACCCACAGGGCCUCGUUGGGACAGAGAAUACAACUAGUGAAAUGGAUCCGUCCCAUAGGAAGUUCUUAAAAGUCUUGUCUGGGGAUCCGUACUGUGAGAAGGAUGCCCAGGAAGUGCGCUGCGACGAGGCUGCCAAGUGGAACCUGAACGCACCACCUACCUUCCACUCGGAGAUGAUGUAUGACAAUUUCACCCUGGUCCCCGUCUGGGGAAAGGAAGGCCACCUCCAGGUGUGCUCCAACAGUCUCUGUUGCCACUUACUUUUCGAGAGGCCCGCCCUGUCCAAAGAGCUAUAUGCCCUGGGUGUCUUUGACGGACUCCACACAGUGCACGGUACCUACUACGUUCAAGCCUGUGCCCUGGUCAAGUGCGGGGGCGCUGGCUUUGAAACCUGCGGGCAGGAGAUCUCGGAGGCCGAGGGCUUGUUUGACUUUCAUCUGUGGGGGAACUUCAGCACCUUGUAUGUCUUCCCUUUAUUUCUCACCUCGGGGAUGACCCUAGACACCCCUGACCAGCUCGGGUGGGAGAGCGACCACUAUUUCUUGAGGAAGAGGGGACUGUCCUCCGGCCUGGUGACGGCAGCUCUCUAUGGGCGGUUGUAUGAGAGGAAUUAGGAAAACUGUGGUCAGCAGGUUGGGCUCUGCAGGCUGGCCUUGCCUUCCCACGGCCCACAGAUCCCAAACACUGGGAAAACCGCCCCGCCCCUGUGGCACUGGAUCCCACCCUGGGGAACUGUAAGAAGAUGGGAGAGGCAGUUCCUCCUUCCUUUCUACAUAAUGACUGAGAUAUUUUCUGGUAUUUUCUAUUCACAUUAUUCUUUUUCAAGCCACACCCUCUUACCACUACUACACAAUUGGUUUUAAAGACUAAGCCAAAAAAAAAAAAAAAAAAUAAACAUCAGCUGCCAUUCUACAAA